AUGAAUUAACAAUAGGAAAUAAGUGCCAAAGAAAACAGUGCCGAUUUUUCUACUACAUAAUAAGAGUGUCGAAAUGGAAAUGCUGCUGAGCAUUAACUGUCAAAAAAAGAAUAAUUCUUACUUAAGUGCACUAAACAUUAAGACAUUAUGAUUUAUAAAAAGAGAUAUCAAGUUGGCGAUAGUGUAUUAAUAAAAACAACUAAUCAAAUUGAACAGAUUGGCUUGAUUCUAAACUUUUAUGGAUAUCACCAAGACGAUAAGACAAUAGUUCCUUUAGUUGAAGUUUAAUGGUAUUGUACUUAUUAAGACCUUGCAGAUUCAAUUGAUAAAGACUCCUUUUCUGAAUGUGAAUUGUUCUUAACUGAGCAGACCACUAUCAUAUUCAUAGAUUGCAUCUAGGCAAAAUGUUUUGUAAUGAAUAUUGAUGAAUUUGAAAACACUGGAACUUAGAAUGCCUAUUUUACUAGAUCCAAAUACAACACUUUGACUAAACAAUUAGAGCCACCAAUUUCUUAAUGGAAAAAAGUUUGUAUUUGUGAAUAGCCUCAAAAUCCUGAUUUAUUGUACAUCUAAUGCGAUCAAUGCAACAAGUGGUUUCACUUAUCAUGUAUGGGAUUAACAUAGGAAUAAGCAAAUCAGAUGGAACAAUAUAGUUGCAAAAUAUGUAAAAAAUGA